GCGUGCUUUUCAAUUUCGCAAUUAAUAUUAAAUACAACUUAAACUUGGAAAGCUUUUGAAUAUAUAAGCCACACACUGCAGCUAAAUAAGUCAUAUUUAUUAUUGGAUAUUAAAUAUAGCUGCUAGGUAUUUUUGUAACCGAAUUUCGUGUCAUGACCGAUGCACACAAAUACAGCGACCCAGAGGAGGAUGAAGAUGAGCUGAAAAACUCAGAGUGGCUGAAUGAUUUUAAAUCGCUGACGGUGAAGCACAAUAUAUUCAAAGACAUUAAACUGAAUGAGAAGGAAGCCAGCGAUGACCUUGGUCAGAAGGUAAUUGAAGAAGUCGACGCUGACGAGGAUCCAGCUUCGGAUUAUGCAGAUGAAUAUGAAGACGACGAUUAUGAUCUUGGAGAUGGCUACGAUGCAUACGAGGAAGCCUACAGUGGCUUUAACAAGCCCAACGCACAGUCGCAAUUAACGACUGCGGGUGGCAACAGUGCAGGCAGCGGCUCUGGAGGAGCAGGAGGAGGGACGCAGCGUGUGAGCAGCUACCAGCCAAAUGAGAAGCUGCUGCGUCGCUAUUCAGCCCGCAUAAAUGUUGAGAAGUACGAUCCAAAUGCCAAUAUGAGUGCUCAGGCGGCCAAUCGACUCGUCAGCUUCGAUCGGCGACAGGAGACUGAGCGAGUGCGAGUUCGGGAUAAGCACGAUCGCGCUACGGCAGAGCAGGUGAUGGAUCCACGCACCCGUAUGAUACUCUUCAAGCUGUUGAACCGCGGCCUUAUCCAGGAAAUCAACGGAUGCAUUUCCACAGGCAAGGAGGCGAACGUCUAUCAUGCCGUGUCCAAGAAUGGCACUGAGGAGUUUGCCAUCAAAAUCUACAAGACAUCCAUUCUGGUGUUCAAGGAUCGUGAUAAGUAUGUGUCUGGCGAGUUUCGCUUCCGUCACGGCUAUUGCAAGCAUAAUCCUCGUAAGAUGGUACGCACCUGGGCCGAAAAGGAGAUGCGAAACUAUUUGCGCAUGCGUAACGCAGGCAUUCCCGUCCCGGAGCCCAUUCUAUUGCGUUCCCAUGUGCUGGUCAUGCGUUUCUGUGGCCACGACGGCUGGCCAUCGCCGAAGCUAAAGGAUGUCGAGAUAAGCACGUCGAAGGCAAGGGAAUUGUACCGCGAUUGUGUAGUUAUCAUGUGGCGCAUGUAUAACCAAUGCCGACUCGUGCAUGCCGAUCUCUCCGAGUUCAAUAUUCUCUUCCAGGAUGGCCAGCUGGUCAUCAUCGAUGUCAGCCAGUCUGUCGAGCAUGAUCAUCCGCAUGCAUUUGACUUCCUGCGCAAGGAUUGCACAAACAUAUCUGAGUUCUUCCGCAAAAAGUCAGUGGCCACGAUGACCGUCAAGGAGCUGUUUGAUUUCAUAACGGACCAAACGAUCACCGAGCAGAAUAUGGAGGAGUGCUUGGAGUGCAUUUCUGAGCGUAUCAAGGAUCGCGAUUUCGAUGCAAUCACAGCGCAAGAGAAGAUCGACGAGGCUGUUUGGCAGAACACAUACAUUCCCAAACGUUUAGACGAGGUGCCUCACUUUGAGCGUGAUGUAGCGAAAGCUAAGCAAGGUGUCCAACAAAAUCUUGUCUAUGCUAAGAUCACAGGUCUAACGUCGGGACUUGAUGUCCAAAAACAGCCAGACAUCCUGGACACAACACAAAGAAGCGGAGAGAGUGGGAGCGAAAGUGACGAAUCUGAGGAUGAUGACGACACGACAAAGUUUAAAAACUCGGCUCGACCCCGGGAUGAGUCGCCGGAAAGUAAAAAGGCACGCAAGAAAGCGGUAAAGGAAGCCAAGGCGGAACAGCGAAAGGUGAAAGUGAAGAAACAUGUGAAAAAGCGCAAGGAGAAAAUCGGCAGCAUGAAAAAGUAGAUUGUUCAAUAAGCCUCUGAAAAAUAUUUAAUAAAACCUAUGAUGAUAAAAAUACA